AUCUCUGUGACCGAAUUCUGGAAACCAGUAUAAGAACCUGAGGCCUUUAGCUCAUACCCCAUCCUUAUUUGCUUUGAGCUUUCUAUUGAGUUUCAGUUUCAUUCUCAGUGAAGAAAACAAUGGUGGUCAAGGUACACGGCCCAGCCUACGCUUCCUGUUCAAGGAGAGUCCUCGCUUGUCUGGUAGAGAAGGAGAUUGAGUUCGAUAUCGUUCCAGUCGACCUGCUCAAAGGAGAGCAGAAGAGCCCUGAAUUCCUCGAAUUGCAGCCCUUUGGCGUAGUUCCUGUGAUACAAGACGGUGAUUACACACUUUACGAGUCUCGUGCAAUUAUAAGGUUCUAUGCGGAGAAGUACAGGACUCAAGGAACUGAUUUGCUGGGGAAGACAGUGGAGGAGAGAGGCGUUGUGGAACAGUGGCUAGAGGUUGAAGGGCAGAACUACCACCCACCCAUUUACACACUGGUGGUGCAGCUUCUGUUCCACCCCAAAUUGGGUCUCCCUGUGGACCAGAAGAUUGUUCAGGAGUGUGAAGAGAAGCUUGGAAAGGUAUUGGAUGUCUAUGAGGAGAGGCUCUCAAAGAGCAAGUAUUUGGCUGGGGAUUUCUUUAGCCUUGCUGACCUUACACACCUGCCCUUCACACAUUAUUUGGUAAAUGAUAUUGGGAAGGAGCACUUGGUAAGGGAUAGGAAGCAUGUCUCUGCAUGGUGGGAUGAUAUUAGUAGCAGGCCAUCUUGGAAGAAAGUCCUCCAGCUCUAGGAUUCUUGGGUCGGUAUUUGGAAAAUGUUGGGGGAGGAGGUGUUUGUUUCUCUGCAAUUGUCUUACUGUCUUUUGCUUAAGAUUAUCAAUCUCUUGGUUGUAAGGCUUAGUCCUUGUGGAGAGAAGGAAAGAGAAAUAAAUAAGGUUGUGUUCUGAUCAGCUUCAGUA